AUGUCCGUUCCCAAUCGCUUCUCAGUCAAUGGCGAACUUCUUAAGCCCUUGUUGGUGCCGCGUGUGGCUGGGUCUGUGGGCAAUCAGCAGGUGCGAGAGUACAUUGUCCAGCACUUUAGAGCCCUUGACAACUGGACAAUCGAAUUGGAUUCAUUCGUGGACCAGACGCCAUUCGGACAAAAGCCGUUUGUCAAUAUUGUGGUCACAAAGAACACGGCGAGAGUUGCUCGGCGCAAAUUGGUCAUGGCUGCCCACUAUGAUUCAAAAUACUUUGAGCAGUUUGAGUUCAUUGGCGCCACAGACUCUGCUGUGCCCUGCGCAAUCCUGAUGGACAUUGCGACCACGCUUGACAAACAGCUAUCACAGUCUUAUGAAACCGACGACACAACUCUCCAAAUUAUAUUCUUUGACGGAGAAGAGGCUUUUGUGAGCUGGACAGCCGAGGAUUCAGUGUAUGGAGCACGACAUUUGGCACAGAAUUGGGAAAACAGUGUUGAAAUGACAGGAAGUAGUGGUAAUAAUCGAUGGAUAAAAGGAAACACGAGACUUGGGGCAAUUGAUAUGCUGAUUCUCUUGGAUCUCUUGGGUACGCCCAACCCGAUAUUUGCUGAUUUCUAUCGAUCAUCCAGCUGGGCGUUUAAGCAACUGGUCGUGCUCGAAGAACGGCUUGGGAAUCUAGGCUUAUUUGAGUCACACUCUAAAGACAAUCAGGAACUCAAGCCCAUGUUCAACCCAGAUUCUGUGUUCACCUUUACGUCCAGACCCCCCUUGGAUGACCACCUCCCGUUUAUCCACCGCGGUGUCAGCAUUUUGCACAUCAUACCAACUGUCUUUCCGUCAGUAUGGCACAACCCCAUGGAUAAUGCAGACUGUGUGGAUCCUGCUACGGUCGAAAAGUUUGCAAUCUUGUUCCGUAGUUUUGUAGCUGAAUACCUUGGGCUUCUUGAUUGA